CUUUGCUUACUGUCGACGGCUUGACGAAUAUUGAAGGUCUGAUUGACUGGCAUAUCUGCGUAGGCCCAGGCGGGUACAUGAACCUGGUCAGAGCGCUUGGAGGUGGUGAUACGCAGCUGGUGCUGCUCGCAAUGGGUCAGCCACUGAUCCGAGGUCAGCGAGUAGUUGCCCUGACUCAUCAGACAAGCGCUCCAGAUGUUGAAGAAGAUGUUUGUGCUGUUUGUGCUGAGUACAACAACAUGCACCAAGAGCAAAAACGUACCAUGUACACCAGUUUGCACUCGGUUCCCCAUUCCAUGUGUGCUGCACUUCCCGUCCACCAAGCACAGGUCUUGCCCACCGAGCCGCCCUCACCGGUUGGCACCGCACCAUCUCCUCGACCAGUUCACACGGCGUCUGACCCUGCGACCCACAGCUCUGUGAUGAUCAUCCUGGGAAUAUUUGGGACGAUAGAAGAGCGACCAGGCUUAAAGAGAGGAAGCUACCGAGAUUCAUCACAUACGGACGAGGAUGUAAGAACAACUCGAAACAGACAGUGAAAAAGAAGAGUCCCAACGAACCAUGUGGAUCAAUUCCGAGUUCGAAAUGACGAUUUCGGGAUACGGUCACAAGUUCACGUUAUUUCCAGACGGGAUCAAAUUUCAAAGGGUUUUCAAUACUGAUCGUUACUUGACUGUAGCCACUACACAUAUCCUACCAG